GUUUACAACUUCACGCUGUCGCCAGUGUUGCCAUCAAAGAUUCUAGAGAGUCUUUGGUUGCCAGAUUGAUGUAAAACGUUUGGGAUAUGUGCCAUGGCUUCCAAGCAGCUUGUAGAGGUUGUUGGUCUUAUGAAAGAGCAUAAUUUUCAAAUUGCGAAGAGCAUUGCUGAGGGAUUGAAACAGAAGUUUCCAUCUUCAUUCGCAGAUCCGACCAUUCAUCCGCUGCUAGAGUGCGAUUGGCAUACAUAUUUAAACAACAAGAAAAGGGAGCUAAGAGGAGAGGUAUGGCAGUUCGAUGCUCCCCUAAUGGUAUACCUCAGUGGCCGGUUGAUUGGAGACGAAAAGGAGUUAGCUCGGUGGGCACACGAGGUCUGGGGGUUCACCCUCCACCGACCCCAUGCGCUGAACCUGGCCCUUGCUGAGGACUACUACACCAACCACCUGCGUGAUACGGGGCACAUGUUUGUGUACAUGGAUGUGGAGAUCAGAGGAGUGGUUGCUGGGCGACUAUUAUUUGAGCUGUUUUGUGAUAUAUGUCCUAAAACGUGUGCAAAUUUCCGAGCUCUGUGCACAGGAGAGAAGGGUCUAUCUGACAGCGACCUCAUGCUCGCCUACAAAGGCUCCUUAAUUCACAGAGUUGUACCUAACGGAUGGAUCCAGGGAGGAGACAUCAACCCUGCUGGGAAAGGCAAUGGUGGAGAGUCCAUUUAUGGCCCAACAUUUGAAGAUGAGAGCUUUGCUGUAUCACACAACAAAAGAGGCGUUCUGGGAAUGGCCAACCAGGGUCCCCAUAGCAACGGAUCACAGUUCUAUGUCACCCUGCAGCCGGCACCGUGGAUGGAUAGGAAAUACGUGGCAUUUGGUGUGUGUGUGUGUGUGUGUGUGUUUUACUUCUUCAGGCAACUGGUUGAGGGCACUGAGGUACUCAAGAGUCUGGAGGACGUGCCCACCCAGAACGAGAGACCCAAAGUGGACUGUAGAGUGAAGGACUGUGGAGAGUUCCAGCUAUGACUUUCAAACACACACAUACACAGCUACAUUUACACUGGUUUCUAUGUUGUUGUUCUUUUCCCCAAAGCUCACUAAUACCUCAUUAGUUUAGAGUUUAAACAUUAAAAUUAUACAAACCUAAA